ACCUCACUCGGUCACUCACUCCUACCAAGAUAAAGAGCGAGAAGAACAGCAGGAGGAGGAGGGAGACCACUGUAUCGUUAAUUCGUUACGCAUAAUCUGUCACAAGGUUUUGCAAGAUUGCCAGCAGGUAAUGGCAGCUCUGAUGAGCUACGAGAUGGCGGCCUCCAUCUUGCUCUGCGCCGAGGACAGCAGCAGCGUCCUUGGCUUCGGCGAGGAGGAGAUGGAGGAGGAGGACGUCGUGGCGGGGAAGAGGGCCAGGUGUGCCACCGGGCCGCCGCCGGCGCCGCAGGGUGCGGACGACGUCGCCGCCGUGGAUUUCGCCGCGCCGUCGGAGGAAUACGUCGCUCGUCUCGUGGAGACGGAGGCGGACCACAUGCCGAGGGAGGACUACGCCGAGAGGCUGCGCGGCGGCGGCGGCGGCGGCGACCUGGAUCUUCGCGUCAGGAUGGAUGCCAUCGAUUGGAUUUGGAAGGUUCACUCCUACUACAAUUUUGCUCCUCUCACUGCUUGCUUGGCUGUCAACUACCUGGACCGAUUCCUCUCACUCUACCAGCUUCCCGACGGCAAGGCUUGGAUGACGCAGUUGCUAGCGGUGGCGUGCUUGUCACUGGCUGCCAAGAUGGAGGAAACCGAUGUGCCUCAGUCGCUGGACCUGCAGGUCGGGGAAGCACGGUACGUGUUCGAGGCGAAGACGAUUCAGAGAAUGGAGCUUCUGGUCCUGAGCACCCUCAAAUGGAGGAUGCAGGCCGUCACGCCCUUCUCCUACGCCGACUACUUCCUCCGCGAGCUCAACGGCGGCGAUGCACCGUCGAGACGCUCGGCGAUGCGAUCCGAGGAGCUCAUUCUGUGCAUAGCUAGAGGGACAGAAUGCUUGGAGUUCAGGCCGUCGGAGAUCGCCGCGGCCGUCGCCAUCGCCAUCGUGGCCGGAGAAGAAGAGCGGCACACCCUACAUACCACCGCGUCUUGCCCCCAUGUAAAUAAGGAGAGGGUGUCACGAUGCCAUGAAGUGAUUCAGGCCAUGGAGUUGAUAACACUGCAGCCAAGAAGAGUCUCCUCCUCCAUGCCACAGAGCCCCACUGGGGUGUUGGAUGCAGCAGGCUGCUGCCUUAGCUACAGAAGUGACGAUUCAGCCGCUGUUACCUCGCACCAUGCAAGCAGCUGGGGAUAUGAGUACGAUAGCUCCCCGGUUAGCAGCAAGAGGAGGAAGAUUAGCAGAUGAUACAGCCAAUGAUAGAUCAAUUAGAAGUCUUUUCUGCGUUUGUGCAAACUGAUCAUCUCCUCCUUGGGAAAGUCAAAACGGUUUUGAUUGCAAAUGACUGUGGAGCCUUUCGAUGCCGUAUGAGAGCUAGAGCCUGAAAGGCGAUGAAGGACCAAAAGCAAGGCAUUUUCGACAUGGCAACAGAACAAAGAUACUGAUGGAUAAAAGAGAGGUCUCUGAGGUAGACAUGUACUAAUAUUCAUGUGCUUUAUUAGCGUUAGUGCUAGGAGGCAGGCAAGCCACAAAAGAACUGAGGAUUUGUAGAAAGAGAAAGCUGGGUGAGAUGAGAUGACCAAAAUAAAAGGCAGAGUCAGUCGAGGUGACAGUGGCACAAGGCCGCGCAAAGAAGCUAGGGCACUGGCUCCUGAUGUCCUGUGUGUGUUUCAGCUGCUUUAGUUUUGCGUUGUUCUGUAAUUUCCCCCUGCUUAAUUAAUUCCUUUGUGAAGAAAAACCUUUUAAAAAAAGAGAGAGAA